AUGAUAUCGAAUAUUUAUUUGUCUGAUCAUCUUCUUUCAACGAAUCAAUGUUUUAUUUGUCAAAAAGAAUUUUUAUUUGGUGAAUUAAUUCUGCGUAAUUGUGAUAUCGAUACAAAGAAAUACACUUAUUAUCAUCCAAUAUGUUUACAAUGUAUAAAAUGUCAGAAAAAAUUAUUAAAAGAUAAUAAAAAUCUUUUUAAUUUGAUUUAUUAUUGUGGAAAUGUUCGUUAUGAUCAAGUUUUAUGUGAUCAAUGUAAAAAUAAUUGUAUUCAAUCAGAUGUUUUAAUAAAUGAAAAAUUACAAGAAGAAAAUCCUAUUAUAGAAAAAAAGAAUAAAACAAUGUUUUAUAAAUCAUUUGAUAAAAUUAAUAUACAUAAUUAUGGUCAAUUAUUAUUUGAACGAUUUAAGCAACGUUAUAAAUUUGAAUAUCAACAAAAUGAUUUAUCAAUUGAUGAUGAAAAUUAUCAUGGAUCAUGUUCUGAUCAAGAUGUUAUUGACAUCAGACAACUGAAUGAUUAUAAAAAAACCAAUUUAAAUUCAUCAUUAACAUGUUGUCAAAAAGGUUGGAAUGGUAUUCAGGAAAUAAAUCCUAUACAAUGUUCACGUUGUCAUAAAAUUUUUACACGUUUUGAUUUAUAUCAAACAGAUAAUCAUAUUGAUUAUUAUUGUAAUAUAUGUUGGAUAUAUCAAAAAGAAUUUAUAAUUAAAAAUCAAAAACAAUCUUCAUUUAUACGAUGUAAUUUAUGUGGUGAAUUUCUAUUAGAUCAAUUGACAGAUGAUAUUAUUUCUAUGAAUUUUGUUCAUCCAAAAUGUUUAGAAAAACAUUUAAAUGAUUUUUAA